CUGUGAGCUUGUGUAUUUGGGAUGGAAGAGAAGUGGAAGGCAUCAAAGAAGGUGGAAUCAGAUUCGAGCAGCCAUGGGUGCAACAACCCAACCUCAAAAUCUCCUCUCCUCAGGAGCUUAUCGUGCAAGAGUUCAUCUUCCUCCUCUUCCAACAGCAAUCUUCCCAGGAGCCACUCACAGAAGAACCCUUCAAUCGGCCGCAAGUACAGCAAUUUAGCUAAGGAACAUAAAGCCAGAUUUUACAUUAUGAGACGUUGUGUCGCCAUGUUAGUUUGCUGGCACAAGCACCGUGAUUCUUGAGGGAAUUUAAAAGCCCUGCCUUUUUUCAUAGAUCCCUCGCUCACAUGUUUA